AUGAUAUUCGACUGGAUUCGUGGCAAUCGCCCUCCGACAGAUUGCACGCGUAAGCAAACACCCGCCCCACGUACUAAGUCAAGCCAUGCGUUCUCCAGUGUCGACGCGCUGGAAUCACGCAUCGCUCUGUCAUCCACGGUUGUUGAACUGCCGGACAGCCCUGCGAUCGCGGAUGCGCCCGGUGGCGUCACUCAGACGCCUGCCGGCUCCGACGAUCCUGCCACCGCAGAUUCCAGCAGUGCCACAGCGUCCGUCGUCGGUCGCCAUCUGUUCUACAACAACUCCCGCUUCGACGAUCCGGCCACACUGACCGGUGACGCCGGCAUUAAUGCCAACGACGAUGCCGCCAUCGCCACCGACAAGACCGCCCUGAUGCCCGGCGUCAUGGGGUCCUUCGAGAACUACACCGGCUACAGCCGCGGUAUCAACGGCAUCAUGGUGGACAUCGCCCGGCCCGCCGGUCCGCUCACCGCUGCCGAUUUCGAAUUCAAGGUGGGCAACAAUAACGCCCCCGAUACCUGGGAAGCUGCUCCGCCGAUCAGUGGUUUCGACGUGCGUGAGGGAGCCGGUGAAAACGGAUCGGAUCGUGUCACCAUCACCUGGGAAGACAACACCAUCCGCAAUCAGUGGCUGCAGGUCACUGUUCUGGCCAAUGAGAAUACCGGUCUCAGCACCGCCGAUGUGCACUACUGGGGCAACCAGAUCGGCGAAACCGGCAACGAUGCCACCACCACCGUUGACGGAGCCGACACCGGCGCUGUCGUGAACAACGCCUCGGCCUUCAGUUCGGUCGAUGUAGCCAGUCCGUACGACCUGAACAAAAGCGGUUUCGUCGAUGGUGCUGACACCGGCAUUGUUGUCAACAGUGCCACCGGCUUCGGAUCACUCACGCUGUUUGCCGCGCCCGUCCCGGUGUCACUCGACGGCCAGCCGGCUCCCGGAAGUUCACUGAUCGGAGUCGACCUGGGAGGACAAAACACACCGACCAACUGGAAUUCCUUCAACGGCACUUCCGACACCACCAUCAGUAACCUGAUCGACGAAACAGGCUACGACAUCGGGGCGACUCACACGGUGACCAUCACCGGUGCAAGUACCCUCAACUUCAGCCAGAACUUCAACGCCAACGAAACAUACAUCAACGACGAACUGGGCGACUCCACCCGCGACCUGUCCAGCUACGCCGAAUUAAUGGCCGCCGAUGGCAGCGGACAGAUUAUCGUUCAGGUCGUUGGACCGCCGCCCGGUGGACUGGGUGUCAUGGCGCUGGCCCUUCGUACAGCGGCUCCCGCCACGCACGACUUUGGGGACGCCGCCAGUGCAGCUCAGUCCGGUUUCGCCGCUUCUUACCCAGUCACGCUGGCUCAGGACGGAGCUCGCCACCUCGACGCCGGGCCACAGCUGGGUGCCAACCGUGAUAUCGAAUCUGACGGGUUUCAGUCCGUCGGAGCCGAUUCCGAUGACAACGCCGGAGUCCCGGACGAUGAAGACGGCAUCACCUUCGCCUCCAGCACCAUCCUCGUGUCCACCGCCGGCCCCACGACCGGCAGCGUGGAUGUCAGCCUGGUCAAUGCCGAUCCCACCUCCAAUCGCCUGGAUGCCUGGAUCGACUGGAAUCGAGACGGCGACUGGAAUGACGCCGGCGAGCAGAUCUUUACCGAUUUCGACCUGGGCACUUCGGACGGCGUGCAGUCGCUCAACUUCGCCAUUCCUCACGACACCGGAACGAAUGUCGAAGAAGGAGACACCUACGCACGUUUCCGCCUGAGCACCACCGGAGGACUGGGUGUCACCGGCGAAGCGACCGACGGAGAAGUCGAAGACUACCUGAUCACCAUUGAUUCCUUUUCACCAUUCGAUCCACCCGUGCUGUCGCAGUUGAACGGUACCUACGGGUUCAGGCUGGAUGGAGAAGAGGCCAGUGACUUCUCCGGAUUCGUCAGCAGCAGCGCAGGCGAUAUCAAUGGGGACGGCUUCGAUGACAUCAUCGUCGGAGCCCGCUCCGCGAAUCCUGGCGGGACCACCGACGCCGGAACGACGUACAUUGUGUUCGGAAAGUCGAGCGGAUUCACCACACCGUUCGACCUCUCCUCCGUGGACGGUACCAACGGGUUCAGGCUUGAUGGAGUCAAUGCAGAGGACUCCACGGCCUGGACUGUCAACGGAGCCGGCGACAUCAACAACGACGGCUUCGACGACAUCAUCAUUGGUUCGCGCUUUGGCGAUGCCGCAGCCGGCUUCAGUUCCGCCAUUGACCUCACAGCCCUCAACGGCAGCACGGGUUUCCGCAUCGAUGAAGUGGCCAGUGGCGAUGAACUCGGAUUUUUCCAUGCGGCCAGUACCGCCGGCGACUUCAACGCCGAUGGAUUCGACGACAUCCUGCUGGGCGCCCGAAAAGCGGCCAACAGCGGAGCUGGCUCGGGAUCCGCGUACAUCCUGUAUGGAGCUGGCAGUUUUGCCUCGGCCAUCGAUCUCUCCAGCCUCAACGGCAGCAACGGCUUCCGCAUCGAUGCCGAAGCGGCCGGAGAUGAACUUGGGCUAACCGUCAACAAUGUCGGAGAUGUCAAUGCCGACGGAUUCGACGACGUGGUCCUCGGAGCACGACUGGCCAGCCCGGGGGGCAGUGCUUUUGCAGGAGCCAGCUAUGUGGUCUUUGGGGCCUCCAGCGGAUUCGGGGCCACCUUUGGCCUGACAGGUCUCAAUGGGACCAACGGCUUCCGGAUUGACGGAGCCACCGCGGGCGAUCAAAUCGGACUGCACGUCAAUGGAGCGGGCGACGUCAACGCCGAUGGCUUUGAUGACAUCGCUGUGGCGACCAGAAUUGGCGAUCCGGCCAGCGGAGCUGAUGCAGGAAUCGCGUACGUCGUGUUCGGAGCCGCCGGGGGAUUCAGCGCCUCGCUCAGCGUUGGCAGUCUGACAUCGACCACCGGAUUUCAGAUCGACGGGGAAAACGCGGGUGACCAUCUUGGGCGUUCCAUUGGCAGCGUUGGCGACGUCGAUGGUGACGGCUUCGACGACCUGCUGAUCGGAGCCGACAACGCAGAUCCGAACGGUGCUAACCUGGCCGGUUCGACCUAUGUCGUCUUUGGCAAGCUGUACAACAGCCGUCCGGACACGCAGGUGGGCGACUCCGCGGCCGACACACUCACCGCCACUCAGGGAGCGGGCGUCGAUGUGCUGAUCGGUGGCCUGAAUGACGAUAUUCUCAUCAGCGAUGGUGGAGCGGACGUACUUCGCGGUGGUGGAGGCGACGACGAUCUCAGCAUUCCCGACGUCACAUUCAGCAGCACUCGACGAGUUCAGGGCGGUGCCGGCACCGACACGCUGCUGCUCAACGGCAGUGGACUCACCCUGGAUCUGACCGCCAUCCCGGACAACCGCAUCACCGACAUCGAAGAAAUUGACAUCACCGGCACGGGAGCCAACACACUGACGCUGGAUGUUCAGGAAGUUCUCAACAUCAGCUCACACUCCAAUACGCUGGUGGUGCGGCGAGGGGUCCAGACCGACGGCUCACUCACCGCCAGCCUGUCUGUGACGACGCAAGGUGACGAAGACGGUCCCGUCAACAUCGUGUUCACGGUCACCCUGAACGCCCUCAACGACACUGGAUCGGCGAUCACCUUUGACCUGGACGAUCUGCUGACCGGAACCGCCACCUCCGGCACCGACUAUACCGCCAUUCCGGCCAACGCUCAGAUCAGCGUGGCCCAUGGAGCGACCACUGGAACUCUCUCCGUCACUGUGACAGACGACGCCCUCCUCGAAGGCACCGAAACGCUCGAUGCCCAGAUUUCCAAUUCCAGCGAUCCCGCGGUGACCAUCGGCACCGCCACCGCCACCGCAAACAUCGCGGACGACGAAACCGCCACGGCCGAUCUGUCAGUCACCACGCACGGUGACGAAGCCGGUCCGGUCAACAUCGUGUUUACGGUCACGCUGAGCGAAAUCAAUAACACGGGUUCGGCCAUUACGUUUGAUCUGGAUGACCUCGGCAGCGGCUCCGCCACCUCCGGCACCGACUACACGGCCAUUCCGGCCAAUGCUCAAAUCAGCGUGGCCGAUGGAGCCACCACCGGCACGCUCACGGUUGUCGUGACCGACGACGCUUUGCUGGAAGCCACGGAGACUCUGGCGGCUCAGAUUUCCAAUUCCAGUGAACCCUCCGUCAGCAUCGGCACAGUAUCAGCCACCGCCAACAUUACCGACAAUGACACCGCCACCGCCGACCUGUCCGUGACCACGCAGGGGAACGAAGCCGGUCCGGUCAACAUCGUGUUCACGGUGACGCUGAGCAAGGUCAACAACACCGGCUCCGCGAUCACCUUUGACCUGGACGACCUCGGCAGCGGCUCCGCCACAUCCGGCACCGACUACACGGCCAUCCCGGCCAACGCUCAGAUCAGUGUGGCUGACGGAGCCACCACAGGAACACUGUCCGUCACCGUCACCGACGACAGCCUGCUGGAAGGACCAGUCAACAUCGUCUACACCGUGACGCUGAGCCGAGUGAACAACACCGGAUCGGCCAUCACCUUCGAUCUGGACGACCUGGGAUCCGGAUCCGCCACGUCCGGGACCGACUACACGGCCAUCCCGGCCAAUGCUCAAAUCAGCGUGGCCGAUGGAGCCACCACGGGCACGCUCACGGUUGUUGUGAGCGACGAUGCCCUGCUGGAAGGCACCGAAACGGUGAUCGCCCAGAUCUCCAAUGCCAGCGAUCCCGCCGUCACCAUCGGAACAUCUUCGGCCACGGCCAAUAUCACCGACGACGAAACGGCCACCGCAGAUCUGUCGGUCACCACUCAGGGCAACGAGGCGGGCCCGGUCAACAUCGUGUACACUGUGACGCUGAGCCGAGUCAACAACACCGGAUCAGCCAUCACCUUUGAUCUGGAUGAUCUCGGCAGCGGAACAGCCGCGUCCGGUUCUGACUACACCGCCAUUCCGGCCAACGCGCAGAUCAGCGUGGCCGAUGGAGCCACCACAGGAACACUGACCGUCACCGUCACCGACGACAGUCUGCUGGAAUCAACCGAAACGGUCGUCGCGCAGAUUUCCAACUCCAGCAGUUCAUCUGUCAGCAUCGUCACACUAAGCAAGGUCAACGAUACCGGAUCAGCCAUCACCUUUGACCUGGACGACCUCGGCACCGGCACCGCGACCUCGGGCGACGACUACACCGCCAUCCCGGCCAACGCGCAGAUCAGCGUGGCCAACGGCGCCAGCACCGGCACGCUCACCGUCAACGUGACCGACGAUGCGGAAACGGAAGCUCUGGAAACGCUCAUCGCGCAGAUUUCCAACUCCAGCAACCCUGCGGUCACCAUCAACACUGAUACCGCCACCGCCAAUAUCACCGACAACGACGCCACAUCCGCGGAUCUGUCGGUCACCACGCACGGUGACGAGUUCGGUCCGACGGACAUCGAAUUCACCGUGACGCUCAGUCGAGUCAACAACACAGGAUCAGCGAUCACGUUCGACCUGGACGAUCUCGGCACCGGCUCCGCCACGUCCGGCUCCGACUACACGGCCAUCCCGGCCAAUGCUCAGAUCAGCGUGGCCGAUGGAGCCACCACGGGAUCAUUGAUCGUCGCUGUCACUGACGACGCUCUGCUGGAAUCCACAGAAACACUGACCGCUGAGAUUUCCAACCCCAGCAAUCCACUGAUUUCCAUCAAUACAGCCAGUGCCACGGCAAACAUCACUGACGACGACACGGCCACCGCCGAUCUGUCCGUGACGACUCAGGGUGACGAAGCCGGGCCGGUGGACAUCGUGUUCACAGUCACGCUGAGCAAGGUCAACAACACCGGAUCGGCCAUCACCUUCGACCUGGACGAUCUCGAAUCCGGCACCGCCACCUCAGGAUCCGACUACACGGCCUUCCCGGCCAACGCGCAGAUUACCGUCGCUGACGGCAGCAGUACUGGCACACUCACUGUGACCGUGACCGACGAUGCUGUCCUCGAAACGACGGAAACAGUCACGGCGGAGAUCUCCAACUCCAGCGACCCGUCGGUCACGAUCGGCACAGCGUCUGCCACCGCCAACAUCACCGACAACGACACGGCGACCGCCGAGCUGUCGGUGACAACCCACGGUGACGAAGAUGGUCCGGUCGACAUCGUGUUCACGGUCACGCUCGACAAAGUCAACAACACCGGUUCGGCUAUCACCUUUGAUCUGGACGACCUGGGCACAGGAACGGCCACAUCCGGCGACGACUACACAGCGAUUCCGGCCAACGCACAGAUUACCAUUUCGAACAGUAGCAAUCCGGCCGUGACCAUCGGCACUGCCACGGCCACCGCGAACAUCGCCGACGACGAUGUCACCACAGCCGAUCUGUCGGUCACCACAGACGGCGACGAAACCGGCCCGGUGAACAUUGUCUUCACCGUGACGCUCAGCAAGACCAACAACAGCGGCUCCGCGAUCACGUUCGAUCUGGACGAUCUCGGCAGCGGGUCGGCCGCGUCGGGUUCCGACUACACGGCGAUUCCGGCCAAUGCCCAGAUCAGUGUGGCUGAUGGAGCCAGCACGGGAUCGCUCAUCGUUGCCGUCACCGACGACGCUCUGCUGGAAUCCACCGAAACGCUGGUCGCCCAGAUUUCCAACGUCAGUGAUCCGCUGAUUACGAUCGACACCGACACAGCGACCGCCAACAUCACCGACAACGACACGGCCACCGCCGACCUGUCGGUGACCACUCACGGUGACGAAGCCGGCCCGAUCGACAUCGCGUUCACGGUGACGCUCGACAAGGUCAACAACACCGGCUCGGCGAUCACCUUCGACCUGGACGACCUCGGCACCGGGUCCGCCAUAUCCGGCUCUGACUACACCGCCAUCCCGGCCAAUGCCCAGAUCAGCGUGGCCGACGGAGCCACCACCGGCACGCUCACGGUGACCGUCACCGACGACGCCCUGCUGGAAACCACAGAAACCGUCACGGCACAGAUCUCCAACUCCAGCGACCCAGCCGUCUCCAUCGGCACCGCGUCCGCCACGGCCAACAUCACCGACAACGACACCGCCACCGCGGACCUGUCCGUGACGAUGCACGGCGACGAAGACGGUCCGGUGGACAUUGAAUUCACGGUCACGCUGAGCAAAACAAACAACACGGGCGCCGCGAUCAAUUUCGACCUGGACGACCUGCUCACCGGCACGGCCACCUCCGGCGAUGACUACACGGCCAUACCAGCGAACGCUCAGAUCACAGUCGCCGAUGGCUCCAGCACCGGAACGUUCACCGUCGCCGUCACCGACGACGGCGACACCGAGUCACUGGAAACCCUGAUCGCCCAGAUCUCCAGUUCCAGCAACCCGGCGGUCACGAUCAACACGGCCUCCGCCACAGCCAACAUCGCUGACAACGAUGCCAGCACACUCAUCAUCAAUAUCGACCAGGACACCAUUCUGGAAGGCGUGACGAUCACCGCUACCGCGGCUGGCUUUCCCAGCGCCAACGAAACCAUCGAUGUAAUCGAUAACGAGACACCUGGCGGCGGAUCACUGAUUGGCAUCGAUUUCGGCGGCGGCACAGUUCCCACCAACUGGAACAGUUUCAAUGGCGUUUCCGGCGACACUCUCAGCAACCUGACGGACGAAGCGGGAGCGACAACCAAUACCGACGUGCAGAUCUUCUUCGCUGCGACAGCCACUACCCAGAGUUUCACGCCGGCUCCCAAUGAGCUGCCUCUGCACACACAGUCCCUCAGCGGCAUCGACGGUACGCUCGUCGACUUCUCUUCGGACAAUGACCUGUUUCUGACAUUCUCAGAUCUGUCCCCUGAGCAGAUUUACGAGAUCUAUAUCUUCGGUGGCCAUAACAUCGACACCAGCCAUUCGAUCACGAUUCCGGGUCAGAUCCUCCGCCAGAACUACGAUGCCAAUGAGCUGCUGAUAAAUGAUUCCAAAGGAGAUUCGAUCCGUGAGUUGUGGACGACCGCUGAGUUCGCCGCUGCCGAUGUGAGCGGCGAACUGUCCAUUGCGAUCCGUGGUUCAUACGUCAACGGAAUUGCCACCCUGGGUGUUUCCGCUGUCGCAAUCCGCGAAGCUGCCCCCGCACUGUACGACUUCGGAGACGCACCCGGGACGUUCUGGUACGGCUUUGAAUCACCCUAUCCGGUUUCCGAAGACGGAGCACGUCACCUCGAUUCGGGGCCGCGUCUUGGACUGGAACGCGACAUCGAAGUCUUUGGAGAGCACGGCAGGUAUGCCGAAACCGACGACGAAAAUGAUGUCGACGAUGAAGACGGUAUCGUGUUCGCCUCACCGUUCAUUGUCUCGCUGACUGACUCCGUAUCAACCGGAUCUGUUGACGUGCAUCUGACAAACGCCGACAGCACUUCUAAUCGGCUGGACGCCUGGAUCGACUGGAAUCGCGAUGGUGACUGGGACGACCCCGAUGAACAGAUCUUUACCGACUUCGAUCUGGGUACCUUUGAUGGGAUCCAGGCGCUCAACUUUGUCAUCCCUCAGGACACCGGCACCAACGUUGAGGAAGGCCUCUCGUACGCUCGAUUCCGAUUGAGCACGGCCGGAGGCCUUGCAACCACCGGUCCCGCCAGCGACGGAGAAGUUGAGGAUUACCAGAUUACCAUCGACACUGUUGAUCCGGCAGAUACGCAGAACCUGGCGCUGCUGGACGGAACCAACGGAUUUCGACUGGACGGCGAUUCCCUGAUGCACCCACAGGACUUUACAGGCGGGUUUCCGGCCGAGCUGCACCCGUCCGAUCUUAACGGCACCAAUGGAUUUCGCCUGGACGGUGCCAACUCAGUGAACCAACUGGGAUCCUCCGUGAGCAGCGCUGGCGACAUUAACGCCGACGGAUUCGACGACCUGCUGAUCGGAGCAAAAAAUACCGAAGUUGGCAACGAUGAUCACGUCGGUUCUGUCUAUGUGCUGUUCGGACACUCCGGCACUUCUGCCGCGGCCGUCAAUGUGUCGUCACUUGAUGGAACGAAUGGACUUCGUUUUGACGGAAUCGCGGACUCAGACACGACAGGAGUCGCCGUCAGCGGUGCCGGAGAUAUCAAUGCGGACGGAUUUGAUGACCUCAUGAUCGGGGCGUCCGGGGCGGAUCCGGUCACCAGCGGGGAAGGAUCCACCUACAUCAUCUUCGGCCGGUCCGGUGGCUUUGCGUCUGCGGUCAGCCUGUCCACUCUGAAUGGCACCAACGGUUUCAGGAUCGACGGAUUCAUCAGUUCCGGACAGUCCGGCCGUGCAGUCAGCAAUGCAGGUGAUGUCAAUGGUGACGGAUUCCAUGACAUAAUCAUUGGAGCACCACAAGCCAGCCUGACCACUCAGUUGUUUUCAUCCGGAGCGGCCUGGGUGGUCUUCGGAGCAGCCGCCGGAUUCACGCCGACAAUCCAACUAUCAUCUCUGGACGGAACAAAUGGCUUCCAGCUCAGCGGACCGGAGAGAUUUGCUGAUGCCGGCUGGUCGGUCGGCACCGCCGGAGACAUCAAUGGUGAUGGCUUCAGCGACGUAGUGAUUGGUGCCAUCGCCACAAGCCCUGUGGACGAUCGGGAAGGUACCGCGUUCACUGUUUUCGGCCGCUCUGGAGGCUUCUCGUCAGUCAUCCAGCUGUCCGCGCUGGACGGAUCUACCGGAUUCCGGCUGAACGGCACAACAACGUUUGACUCUGUUGGCGAAUCGGUGGGAGGAGGGGGCGAUGUCAAUGCCGACGGCUUCGACGACCUGAUCGUCGGAGCGACGGGCGCCUUCCCGUCCGCUGGCAGCACCUAUGUCAUCUUUGGCCGGACUGCCGCAUUUGCCAGUGUGUUGAGCGUCAGUGAUAUCAGUGGCAGUGUCGGAUUCCGGCUGGAUGGCCGAAUCACCCGUGAGGACAGUGGGAAAUCCGUCAGUCAUGCGGGCGACGUCAACGGCGAUGGUUUCGACGACAUCGCCAUUGGCGCUGAUUACGCCGAUCCUUUUGGCAACGCAAACUCCGGCUCCGGCUAUGUGGUCUUCGGCAGUAACCUCACCGGUGGAGUCGAAACACAGGUGGGAGAUGCCGCCGCCAACACACUCACCGCCACUCAGGGUGCCGGAGCCAUCGACAUUCUGGUGGGGGCUCAGGGUAACGACACGCUCAUCAGCGAUGGCGGUGCCGAUGUGCUCAGAGGCGCUCAAGGGGACGACAUCCUCAGCAUCCCUGAUACGGACUUCAGCAGCACUCGAAGAGUCCAGGGCGGCAACGGCUUCGACACGCUCGUGCUCGAUGGCAGCGGACUCACACUCGACCUCACCGUCAUUCCCGACAACCGCAUCGUCGACAUCGAAGCCGUUGAUCUCACCGGCAGCGGUACCAACACACUCAUCCUGACCGCUCGGGAAGUUCUGAAUCUCAGCACACACUCCAAUACGCUGCUGGUUCGAGGUACUGCGGGUGACGUCGUCAACAUCGAAGUCGGCUGGACGCAGCAGGCAGACGAGGUCAUAGGUCCCGACACCUUCCGGGUUUACACACAGGGAGCGGCGACACUCAAAGUUGAGUCCACGGUGUCCGUCAGUUUGCUGACACUCAACGGCAUCAGCGGCUUCCGACUCAACGGCACCAUCGCCAGCCUGGCCGGACACACGAUGAGUAAUGCCGGUGACAUCAAUGGCGAUGGCUUCGAUGAUCUGAUCGUGGGAGCAUGGGGUGCCAAUGCUGAUUCUUCCGGUGCCAACUUUGUGGUAUUCGGUCAGUCAG